AUGAAGGGCCCGGCGGCGGCGGCGCAGGCGGCGGCGGACGAGCGCCCCGAGGAGAAAGAGAUGGACUUGCUCCUCAGCGAGAUCCCCCAGGUCACCUCCCCGCAGGCGCACCGGGCCGGCGGCGGCGGCGCGCUCUCCCAGGGCCAUGGCGGCGGCGACCGCCGUCACGGGUUCGCGCCGCCGCGCUACGCCGCGUCGCCCCGCCGCGCCGACAACGCCUGCUACGCCGUCGUCGUCAACCGCCGCGACGACGGUGAUCACCAGGGCGGCGGGGGCGGGGGCGCGUACCACCCGCCGCUCCGCGUGUGCCCGGCGCCCCUGCAUCCGUCGAGCCCCUUCGUCGCCGCCGCGCCGUCCCCGCUCGGGCAGCCCGUAGACGACCCGGAGAAGCAGUGGCUGGCCAACCAGCUCCGCGGCCUGCUCGUCGAGGACGCGCCCGCCGCGCCCCAGCCCACGCCCGUCGGCAACGGCGCCCCGGCGGACUUCUCUGCGGCGCGUGGCGCCGCCUACUAUGGCUACCCCUUUGGGGCGCCGGGCUCCUCGGUUCCUGGCGAGCCCCUGGUGAACGAGCAGGCCAUGGCGGCCGGCUACCGCUUCGCGCUCGGACCGGACGUCGGCCUGGGCGGCCACCCCGGCGGCCUGGAGGUCAACAUGAACGGCUUCAUGUACAAUAGGACAGCAAACGGCACCGGCAUUGGUUGGGGACAGGGCCUGGUGCACCCUGCUCAUGCUCACCCCGAGCCUUUCAUGCUUCAUGGGCAGGCUGCCGCAGAACAGCACAACUGGGGGUUUGUUGGGACUGGCCCGAUUGCCCUUGAUCCCCGUGGUGGAGCAGCCCGUUCACCCAAACUGCACUGCGAGUACGGCGUGCCUGUGCAUACCGGCAAUCGCUACAUGAAAGGCGGCAUGAAUAAUCAGAUGGAGGCGUUUCGCUGCGAGGAUGGUCAGAAUUUCGAUGGCAAGAAGAACAUGCCUGUUCUCUACCGUGCCAAGGACAGGAGGUUUCAGCAGCAUGCCAACAACAACAGGGCACUGGAGAUGGAGAGUCCUAGGAUGCUGAGGUAUGAGAACAUGGUUGGAGUUAAGGGGUACAUCUACUUCAUGGCCAAGGACCAGAAUGGCUGCCGGUUCCUGCAGCAGAAGUUUGAGGAAGGGAAACAACACGUGGAUGUGAUUUUCGAAGGAAUCAUUGACCACAUGGCAGAGCUCAUGAUCAACUCGUUUGCCAACUAUCUCAUUCAGAAGCUUCUGAAUGUGUGUGAUGAGGAUCAGAGGCUGAGGAUCAUCGCCGUGCUGACGGAGGAUCCUGUGAAGCUGCUGAGAAUCUCUGUGAACUCUCAUGGCACAAGGGCAGUUCAGAAAUUGAUAGAGACUGUUAAGGUCAGGAAGCAGAUCGUGCUCAUUAUUUCGGCCCUACAGCCAGGCUUCAUGCAUCUUGUCAAUGAUCUCAAUGGUAAUCAUGUCAUACAGAAGUGCUUGUCAAACUUUGGUGCAGAGGAGAACAAGUUCAUAUUUGAGGCUGCUGCAACUCACUGUUUUGAGAUGGCAAUGCAUCGCCAUGGCUGCUGUGUUUUACAAAAGUGCAUAACUAGUGCACGUGGUGAAUAUCAGGCGAAGCUAAUUGUGGAAGUGUGUGCUCAUGCCUUUCAGCUCGCUCAAGAUCCAUUUGGCAAUUAUGUGGUACAGUAUGUCCUGGACCAGAAAAUUCCUUCUGCAAAUGCACACCUGGCAUCUCAGUUUGAAGGAAGUUAUGUUUAUCUCUCAAAGCAAAAAGUGAGCAGCAAUGUGGUGGAGAAAUGCCUGAAGGUCUUCUCAGAUGAAGACAAAGCUGCCAUAGUGUUUGACCUGAUUUCAGUGCCUCAUUUUGAACAACUGCUGCAAGACCCUUUUGCGAACUAUGUCAUUCAUACUGCCCUUGUUAACAGCAGGGGCCAUCUCCAUAAUGCGCUGGUUGAAGCAAUCCGCCCUCAUGAAGAAGCCCUUCGGACCAGUCCCUGUUGUAAGAGAAUCUCUAGAGCCAUCUCUAGGAGGUGA